AUGCCUCAAGAUGGCGGCCAAUGCGGGAUCAAUGUUUCAAUAUUGGAAGCGCUUUGAUUUACAACAACUGCAGAGAGAACUAGACGCCACCGCCACACAGCUCGCCAACAGACAGGAUGAGAGCGAACAGUCCAGGAAGAAACUCAUCGACCAGAGCCGCGACUUCAAGAAGAACACGCCGGAGGAUGUCAGAAAGCAAGUGGCUCCUCUGCUCAAGAGCUUCCAGGGAGAGAUCGAUGCCUUGAGCAAAAGAAGUAAAGAAACAGAAGGCUCCUUCUUGAACGUCUACAAGACAUUAAUAGAUGUCCCAGACCCUGUCCCUGUGCUGGAGUUGGGUCAGCAGUUACAGCUGAAGCUCCAGCAGAUGCACGACAUCGAGACAGAGAACCUCAAACUCAGAGAGACUCUAGAGGACUACAACAAAGAGUUUACUGAGGUCAAGAACCAGGAGGUGACUAUUAAAGCCCUGAAGGAGAAGAUACGGGACUAUGAGCAGUCCCUGAAGAACCAGGCUGAGAACCUGGUCCAGGAGAAACAGGUCCAGCUCCACAAUGACUAUGCAGAGAAGGAGAGAAAGUUCCAGGAGAGCCAGGACUCCAUGUCCUCUAAGCUGGUUGAGGCUGACCACAAGGCCCAGGCCUUACAGACAGCUCUUGAAACAACUCAGGCAGAGCUCUUUGAUCUGAAGACCAAGUAUGACAAGGACUGCACAGCAAAGGCCGAUGAGAUUGAAAUGGUGAUGACCGAUCUAGAGAGAGCCAAUCAGAGGGCAGAGGUAGCACAGAGAGAGGCGGACACUCUGAGGGAGCAGCUGACCUCUUCUAACCAAUCUCUGCAGCUGACCACACAGAUCCAGACCACCCCAGAAAUGGACCAGGCGGUGGAGGCCCUGUCCCGCUCCAGUCUGGAGGCAGAGCUGGGGGCCAAGGACAGGGAGAUGGUUCAGCUGGUGGAAGAUGUUGAGAGACUGCAGGCCAGCCUGUCUAAACUCAGAGAGAGUACCAGCACACAGGUCACACAGCUGCAACUACAGCUCAGCACCAAGACGGCCAGCCUCAAGCAGCUGGAGGGAAAGCUGCAGGAACAAGCUGACUAUGAGGAGGUGAAGAAAGAGCUGAGACGCCAAUGCAGAUAAUCAACCAAAAGGGAUUACUACAAAACACGAUCAAUGAGUUAGCCAGGUAGAUAUUCAGAAAUCACUUUAUCUAUUAUUAUUAUUUUAGAAAGAUACUCUUGACAUGGUCAAAUGGACUCCACAUCCAAAAACACAUCUCAGCUUUAUAGUAUCAGUAGUAUCAAUAGUACUCAAUAGUAUCAAUGGUACUCAAUAGUACUCAAUAGUAUCAAUAAUACUCAAUAGUAUCAAUAGUACUCAAUAGUAUCAAUAGGAUCAAUAAUACUCAAUAGUACUCAAUAGCAUCAAUAGUACUCAAUAGUAUCAAUAGUAAUCAAUAGUAUCAAUAAUACUCAAUAGUAUCAAUAGUACUCAAUAGUUUCAAUAGUACUCAAUAGUAUCGAUAGUACUCAAUAGUAUCAAUAGUACUCAAUAGUAUCAAUAGUAGUCAAUAGUAAUUUCUGGUUGCUUAUCAAAGUUUCCGUAGCUGGCUAACUCAUUGAACCUGCUUUGUGGUAUACCCCUCUCAUGACUUCCGAGUGGCACAGCGAUCCGACACACUGCCUCUCUGUGCUCGAGGCGUCACUACAGACACCCUGGUUCGAAUCCAGGCUGAAUCACAACCGGUCGUGAUUGGGAGUCUCAUAGGGCGGUGCAUUAUUAGCCCAGCGUCGUCCGGGUUAGGGUUUGGCCCGGUGUCGGCCGUCAUUGUAAAUAAGAAUUUGGUCUUAACUGACUUGCCUUGUUCAAUAAAAGUUACAUAAAAUAAAUAAAAUACUGUGCCUCCAGAAA